AUGUCUUUCCGGAUCCUCGAAGUGCUUCACGAGAUACUUCCACACUCCAUCCGGCUCCCGAACUUGAGUGAGCUCGAAUUGAUCCGUGUUACCGGAAAUAUCCAAUUCGACUUUACCGGUGGCUUGAUUCGUCCAACAGAAGUUUGGAGGCACUCCCUCCUCGACCUUGACGGCGAGAAUCCCUUGUUCUGGAUGCCGAUUCACGAUGGGUUGAUUUGGAUUCGCAUCGUUCUUCUCACAAUUACAUCGUCCCAUUUUGAUUCUACGGAUGUAUUUCACCGGUGCCGUUUCCGGAUUUUCGACUUCAGACAUUUUUGUGAGCGAUUCUGA